GCGUUGAGGGUUCUCGCUUGUUACCAUGGGAGCCAAAAGCCGCUACCUGCUGGCGCUAACAGCUGGAUCCUGGCAGUACCUGGUCACCCGCCAAUCUCUGUGGAAAGGAGGCCACGAAGUCCGGGUCACCCCUUAAGGGCCCUCCAUGGCUUCACAGCAGAGGAUGGAUGCAGUGACCAAAGGAACCCCAGUCUGGCCUUGCCGGAAACAGGCUGCUUACACCCCAGAGACCUUCGAGCUGCUUAGAGUGAUGAUGAAGGAAUCCAAACUGACUACCUUCCAGCAGCGCCACAUCAUGGACACCAUGAAAAGAGGGGCCCCUUUGCCCCUGCAGUGCAACCCAACAUCCAACCAGAAGGGCUCUCCUCCCAAGAAGCCAGCAACAGCCAUCUACCUGCCUCCCAUCCUGGCUGCCCACUCCCACCUCCGGCCUGCCAGCAUGUGCCAAGCCAACGGGGCCUACACCCGAGAGCAGUUUAAGCCUCAAGCCACCAGAGAUCUGGAGAAGGAGAAACGAAGACUCCAAAACAUCUUUGCCACCGGGAAGGACCCAGAGGAACGGAAAAGAAAAGCUCCCCCUGUGCAGCAGGUGGACCCAGCCCCUGAGCCAGACCGGUUUGAUGAACUCGUGAAGGAAAUCCAGGAGAGGAAAGAAUUCCUGUCUGCCAUGGAGGCUCUGGGACAGGGCAAGCAAUACCGAGGAAUCAUCCUGGCCGAAAUCUCCCAGAAACUACGGGAAAUGGAGGACAUUGAUCGCAAGAGGAGUGAGGAGCUUGGGAAGGCUCUGGCCACUGCUUAGUCCACCAUGUCGGCAGGCAAGCCCAACCUGACCACUGGAGCCUACCUCUGCCAAGCAGGGUCAUCCCCAGGUCUGCUCACCACAUGGGCCGUGACGAAUGAUGGCACAGAACCCUCUUGGCCUACACGUAGUAGUCAAGGGCACUGCAGCGUUCUAGACAAUGCCCAGGGAUGCAGGGGCCUCAGCUGCGCUACCAACCACCACAGCCAUUAUACUAGAGCUUUUUCCAGGGGAAAGAGCCCAACACAGCAAGGCAAGACCCCAGGUACCACUUUGGACCACAUCUAAAAGCACCUUCCACUCUCCUCUUGCCACUGCUGGCCUCCAGGGUCCGGCUCCUGUCCUUUCUGAACCUAAGAGUGAACGUGAUUCCUUUCUUCCUAUGUCUUAGGGUCUACAGAUUUGCCUUUUUGUAGCCUUGGGCAAAUGUUUAACCAUAACGAUUAAUUGGCCAAUAAAACACUUAACUUGGUCAUUACAUGCACCACCUUGUUUUCACAGGGAUAACACUUACUUGUUCAGAGUUAGAACUUGUCCAACACAGAUGACUUUUAACUGCCUUAGUCAUAUUUCAAAGCAAAGGAAAAUCAAAGCUCUCGAGCAGCCUGUGGUCAGUGCCAAAUUUCAGGAGUGCUGUGUGAAAAUGCAGGUUCACCAAGGUACUCCACACUAGUCCAUUCACCCAUGGAGCACCCACUCAGGGUUAAAAGUCACUUUCAUGGCUUCCAGGAAACAGACCACAGGAAGAAACACAAAGGGGGUCAGGGGGGAUUCACACUGAAAGGGGCCCUGGCAAAUGCCUGUGACCUUGGGCAAAAUUCAACAGCCUUGGUUCCAAAUCCCCUCCCCCUUCAGUGACCCAACCUGGAGGCCAAAGACGAGUGACAGGGAAACAGCCCUGCUCCCCUCCUGGCACACAGUGUAUCAGUUCCCUUCCUUCAGGUUUAUGACGCCCACCAGCCCUAUCUUUACCUAUCUUCUGUCAUUUUCCUUCCCUAUAAAUCAAAAUUUUUGGUUUCUCCUGCACCUGCUGGGAGCUACAUAAUUCCAACAAGUCACAAGACCUGUGUCUCACUCUGCAUAAUAAACAUGGCUAAGCAGCAGCCAACAGAUAAGGGCUGGGUCAGAAAGGACAUGUCCUCCACCCCACAGAUCUCGCACAAUGGAAAACCCCAGGACAAGUGCAAUCUACUGUGACAAAGAGUAGGUGGCAACAUUUAUAAACCACAUAUACAGAGGCAAAGACAGACAGAUCUCUGAGUUUGAGGAUAGCCUCAUCUACAUAGCAAGUUCCAGCCCAGCCAGGGCUACACAGUAAGACCUUGUCUUAAAAAAAAAA